AUGUCUUACAGAAUCUCUGCCCCCGAUGAGUACCUUGCCAUCACUGGCAUGGGCAUCAAGACCGUCAAGAUCACCAAAGCAACAUGGGUCUGGCCUCUCCAACGAUGCACACGCUUCAGCAUCCGCCCUCACGACUAUGCCAUGGACCUUCAGGCCAUGACUAAGGAGAAGCUGCAGUUCUCUCUUCCCGUCGUCUUCACAGUGGGUCCCGAUGUCAACCAGCGCGGGGCCAAUCGCCCUGAUGGCGACAGUGAAGCCGAUGGUCUUGAUCGUGAGGACCGAGGUGACGCUUUGAUGAAGUAUGCUAUGCUCUUGGCCAACUCUGAGGAGAAGGAGAACGUUACCCAGGGCCAGCAUGUUGCCAACAUUGUCAAGGGUAUCAUUGAGGGUGAAACUCGAGUCCUCGUGUCUAGCAUGACUAUGGAAGAGAUCUUUACUGAGCGAGAGGUCUUCAAGAAGAGGAUCUUCCGAAACAUCCAGAAUGAGCUGUCGCAGUUUGGUUUGCUCAUCUUCAACGCCAACGUCAAAGAAUUGAAGGACGCCCCCAAUUCAGUCUACUUCGCCUCGCUCUCCCGCAAAGCUCACGAGGGCGCCACCAACCAAGCCAGAAUCGACGUUGCUGAGGCUCAACUCCGCGGUAACGUCGGAGAAGCCCAGCGCAAGGGUGAGCAAGAGCGUGAGAUUGCAAAGAUCAACGCCGAGACCGCCGUCCAGAAGACAGUCCGUGAUAUCGAGCGCGCUCAAGCAGAAGCACAACUCGACACCAAGCGCACAGGCCUCACCCGUGAUGUCGACAUCGCCCGCGUCACAGCCCAGCGUACCCUUGAGUCCAAGGAUGAGGACCUCAAGAAGGAGGUCGAGAUCAAGCGUGCUGCUGCUGAGAUGGAGCGUCUUCGUGCCACGGAUGUCGUCAAGGCUACCAUUGCGAGGGAGAGUAAGCAACAGGCUGCUGAUGCUGCUGCAUACGAAGUUGAGGCCGAUGCGCGCGCUCAUCAGGAGGCCAGUCAGCGCAAGGCCGAUGCUGCAGCUUACCAGACCAAGCUCUUCGCAGAUGCAGAUGCAGCAGCCACAUACGCCAAGAUCACAAGGAACACAGAUGCCGAAGCUUACCAGACCCGCAACGAAGCCGAAGCCUACAACUACGCCGCCCAGCAGCGCGCCGAAGCCGAGCUCGUCAGCAAGCUCCGCGAGGCAGAGGGUAUCUCCGCCAUGGCCGACGCCUACGGCAAGCUGUCCCAGGCCUUUGGCGGUCCCGCCGGACUGCUUCAGUACAUGAUGAUCGAGAAGGGUACAUACGUCGAGCUCGCCAAGGCCAACGCCGCAGCCAUCCGCGGCCUGGAGCCCAAGAUCAGCGUGUGGAACACUGGAAAUCAGAGCGGCGCUGGCCAGGGCGGUGGCGAUGCGACUGAGACGAUGCGCAAUGUGUACCAGAUGCUGCCGCCGCUGAUGAGCACGAUUAACGAGCAGACGGGUAUUACGCUGCCGGAGUGGCAGUUUGGAAAGCUGAAUGCUGGUGUUAACGCUGUUGGACAGGAGGGUGCUAAGACUAACGGACAUAAAAGCCACUAG